AUGUCGACGGAGGUUGAGGCUCAAAUGGAAGAGAAAUCAAAGCCGCAGAAGCACGGAGGCAAUGGCAAUGGAGAUCCUGCGUUGGAGAAUGGCGGCCCGGGCUCGAGCGAUGCUCAUGAUCAGCUUGUUCAGAUGGUCAUGGAGCUCAAAUUGCAGAACGAAUUCCUGAAGUCUCAGUUCGAAGGAUUUCAGAAUUUCCAACAAACAGAGCCGAGUGAGACGGAAGGCGGUAAAUCUGAAGAGGUGGAGCAACUGCGUCAAAUGAUUGAAUCGUUGAAUGUGGAGCUUUUGGAAGAGAAACAAACACGAGCUGCAGCUGAAGUGGCUUUGAAGCAUCUUCAAGAAGCACACUCGGAAGCAGAUUCUAAAGCUCAAGAGCUCUCUGCAAAGCUCGCUGAAGCUCAACAGAAGUUGGAUCAAGAAAUAAAAGAACGGGAAGAGAAGUAUUCUGAUCUCGACUUGAAAUUCACCAGGCUUCACAAACGAGCAAAACAGCGUAUUCAAGAUGUUCAAAAGGAAAAAGAUGACCUAGAGGCUCGAUUUCGUGAAGUAAAUGAAGCUUCUGAGCGAGCAUUGUCCCAACAGUCAGCAUUGCAGCAAGAGCUGGAUAGAACAAGGCAACAAGCAAAUGAUGCACUGAAAGCAAUUGAUGCAGAGAGACAACAACUAAGAAGUGCAAACAAUAAACUCCGAGACAACAUUGAGGAAUUACGGCACCAAUUGCAACCCAAGGAGACUGCUAUUGAGGCAUUACAACAAACAAUUUUGGAGAAGGAACAUAUGUUGGAAGACAUGCGAGGGUUGCUGCAGGCUGCUGAUGAAAAAAGGCAAGCUUCAAUGGCUGAACUCUCUGCUAAACAUCAGAAGAAUUUGGAGAGUUUGGAAGCCCAGCUUGCUGAUGCUUCAUCUGAUAGAAAUAAAGCAACUGAAACUAUUUCUUCACUGCAGACGCUAGUUGCAGAGAAAGAGUCUAAGAUUGCAGAGAUGGAAGCAGCAUCAACGGGUGAGGCAGCAAGGCUUAGAGCUGCUGUGGAAACUCUAAAAGGAGACCUUACUCACUUGAAACAUGAGCAUGAGAAAGAAAAGGAAAGCUGGGAAGCCGCCUCCCGGGCACUGAACACGAAACUUCAAAUUGCUGAGAGCAACCGGAUAUGUGCUGAAAUUGAAGUAGCCAAAAUGAGAAGCCAGCUGGAAUCAGAGGUGUCUGCAAAAACACGAAUGCUUGAUGCUAGAGAUGCUGAACUUGCAUCUGUCAAGGAGGAGAUCAACCGCCUUGAACGUGAGUUUUCUUCUUACAAAAGCCGUGCUCAUGCACUUCUCCAGAAGAAGGAUGCGGAGCUAGCUGGAGCUAAAGACUCUGAACAAGUCAAAGCUCUUGAGGAAGCACUAAAAGAGGCUGAAAAAGAAGUAUCUUUUGUGUGUGCUGAAAGGGAUAAGGCCCUUCAAGAUCUUCAGAAUGCCUUGGCUAAUCAUUACAAAGAAAUAGCAGAAAGAGAUGCUGCUCUUAAUGACGCCUUGCAGCAGAUCAAGAGCUUAGAAUCAAUGCUUGAAUCUGCUAAUAAUCAUCACCGAUCAGCAAAAGAAGCAUGGGAAGUGAACCUUAAUAGUUUGGAAGAAACAUGGCGGGUAAGAUGUGACACACUGAGAGCUCAAAAUGAAGCAUCUUCUGGAGAAGAUAUAAAAAAAGAAUUGGAAGAGCUCAAGUUACGGUAUAAAAAAUUGAAGGAGGAGCACAGUUCAUUUCGAGAUCUUGCUGAUAGAAUGAUUGAGGAGAAGGACAGAGAAAUUUCUAGACUUGUAGAUGAUAACAAGAAACUUCAUCAGUCAUUAGAGUCAAGACCACGAGUAUGUUCCUUUUUCUUAAGUCACAUCUAA